AUGCUGGAAGACUCAAAUGAUGAUGAUAAUGAUAUGUCCAUUCAUAGGUGGGAAGAGAAAAUACCUUUGGCCAAUUCAAGUCUGGAGAAAACAUGGCUGUUCCAUGAGAUUGGAAGAUGCUAUCUGGCAUUAGAAGCACCAGUUGAAGCUAGGGAUUAUGGAGAAAAAUCUCAGGUGGCUGCGGAGGAAGCUGAAGACACUGAGUGGCAGCUAAAUGCCAGCGUCUUAGUGGCACAGGCCCAAGGUAAUAUAUUAUUCACGAUAAGUAAAUCUGUUGGUACCUCCAAUAAGGAAAAACCUUCUGAUGAACAUAUGCUACUUAUAAGUAAUUAAUUCAAAAAUCAAACCAUUUAAGGUGCAGAAAUAUCACAUGCAGUAAAUUAUUAUAGCAUAGAAAUGCUGAUUUGCAAUAAGUAACCAAGAAAUACAAUUACCAAUCCAAACAUUUUCUCAUCCGAGCAUGCUAAAGCACAGUUUACAGAAAAUUAUUUGAGGGCUUCUUUACAACCCGAAAAGUCUAAUGUAGCUCAUCAUUAUUUAUAAAAUACCUAUUUAAUUCGUACUUUAAGUUGUAUUAAACAUUGUGUCACCAAUUUAAUGUUUGAAGAGCACAGCAACAUUUAUGUGUGAACAUGCCACAGCUUUCACUAGAUUUUGACCUACUGUUAUUGGUAUUGACUUAUUUCUGUAAAGUGAAGCUAGAGGAAUAUGAGUCAGCAGUUACCAACUUCGAGAAUGCCCUUCAGAAUGCAAAACUACUCAACAAUAAGGAUGCUGAGAUUGCCAUCAUAAAUGUGAGUACACGUUUAUCAUUUUACUAAUUAGACUUGGGUUGUUCAGUUCUGAUUUUAUUAUUAAUAAUAAUAAUAAUAAUAAUAAUAAUAAUAAUUAGAACAUGGUUUUCUUUGGUAUUCUGGCAUCAGUCUAAUUGUAUAGCAAACCUCACAAAAAAAAAAAACCCAACAAAAUAUUAAAGUCCCAGUCUAUUUUCAUCUCUAUUUACUCUUGCUGUAGAGUCCUGCUGAUGUGUGUUCAGAUACAAUAGGAAAUCCAAAAUGAGUGCAGAAAAUGUCCUCUCAUUUUAUACGCAUAUACCGCCUACUAUGUCAAGAGAUGUUGAAAACAAUAACAUUUCACAUGAAGGAUAUUGUGCUGUAAUUUUUAUUUUGUCAUCAUCACCACGUCACUGCUGACUGUUGGUAUUUGCACACAUGUGCAAAAAUAAUGAGUCUGUAUGGAUGUUUAUGUCACCAUAAUCUGAAUGUGCAUGUAAUUGGUUUUGUGAUUUGCAUGAUAAAAUGCAAAAUCAAGAAUUUUUAGCUUGUAAGGACCUUUUUUGUUAGCAAUUAUUCAUAACAGCUUACAAAAUAGUCUUUACAAGCUAAAAAUUCUUGAUGGCCCUUCCACAACCAUACAACCUGCUAAAUAUGAGUGAAAAUAUGGCAUGUUGCCUCAAAAAUAGUGUUUAUAAAAGGGGACAUGUGCUUUAAAGCUGAACUUUCACUACUCUAGAAUUAAACCAUUGAAUAAAAAUCGAAAAUCACCAGUUAUGUAUAUUAACUAUUUAGCACUGACAUCACAGUUAAGUCCAGUCCAGGCACGCAAUGCAAAUGAGUACAGAAACAUUAUUACAGCUUCUCCUCUUCCAUGUUCAGAAUCAGAAAAGGGCAACAUUUAUGGUGAUGUUUGGCAGGGAUCUGAGAUGAAGACUUCCAGGAAUGGGAUAAAGGGGUGUUACUUUCUACAUGUAAUUUUAUUUUUCACACUUCACAAAUACAUUUUGGUAAAUAUAGAGGAUAGGUAAAUUAUAGUAUUAUAAAUCCUGGGAACAGGGUAACAUUUAAGUUUGUUGAUUUGUUUUCUGAUCUAAUAUGUCAAAUUAAAGGAACACUAUAGUCACAAAGACCACUUCAGCUCAGAGAAGUGGUCUGGGUGCCAGGUCCCUCAGGUUUUAACCUUUCAGAUGCAAACAUAGCAGUUUCAGAUAAAAAAAUAAAAAAAAUUAAAGUCCCAGUCUACUUUCAUCUCUAUUUACUCUUGCUUUAGAGUCCUGCUGAUGUGUGUUCAGAUACCAUAGGAAAUCCAAAAUGAGUGCAGAAAAUGUCUUCUCAUUUUAUACGCUUAUACAUUUUGGGUUAAUCCAGCCUCUAGUGGCUGUCUUCCGGACAGCCACUAGAGUCGCAUCUGCGACGCUGGAUGCGAAUUUCGCAUCCAUCGCGCAGAGCAUCCAUAGGUAAGCAUUGAGAAAUGCUUUCCUAUGGACUCUUUGAAUGCGUGCGCAUUCUGCUCCACUAGGGAGCUGACGUCGGACGGGGAGGAGAAGUCACCAGCGCCGAGGGAGCCAGACGCUGGAUUAAGGUAAGCUGCUGAAUGGGUUUUAACCCCUUCAGCGCCACGGGAGGGAGACCCUGAGGAUGGGGGGGACCCUCAGUGCACUAUAGUGUCAGGGAAACCGCUUUGUUUUCCUGACACUAUAGUGAUCCUUUAAGUCUGUAGCCAUCUUGGGUGAGAUAGAUUGUGUAGAAAAAUCUUAAACUAUUUACAAAGCUACAAAAUUUACAAUAUGGAAUAAUUUGUGAAUACAAAGUGUCACGUAUUGAUGAUGUUGAGUCUAAGUUUAUCAAAUCCUAUCUUAUUUUAUUCUAAGGCUUUGGGAGAUACAAAGAGAAUUGUGAAUAAGAUUAACUCAGAUCACGAUGAAAAGAAGACAGAUAAGACUCUAGGUAUGUCUCAAUCAGUAUAUAACUUUAGUCUGUUACUUCAAGACCAACCACUUUUAAUGUGGUGUUUUAUGUUUCGCAGAAGAAAACACAGGAGGUGAACCAGAGACAAGAGAGGAAACUAGCUCCAAAGAUGAUGUUUAA